AUGUCACUUAUCCUCUGUGAUAAUCACAACUACGUGUACGGUGACUGUGUCGUUGCGAUCCAACUUCUCGCCUUGUACGAUCACUUUGUAAUCCGUACCGAAAUCACCCCAACGGCGGCCGUGCUCGAGCUGAACAUCAACAAGACAUGCCAGACACCACCGAUCGAUACCAUCCCUGCAGGCCACGCGGAGAAUCUUGAUGCCCGCCGCGAUGCGACCGACGAUUUGGGCCUCCCACCAGCCCGAGCUGACAAUUCGAUGUCUGCCAACAACGGUCCCAUCACACGAGGUGCCAGGCUUAACGACGAGGUCCUGCUCUUUGGGCCUAUCAGGGUGCCUUAUCAGUCAAGCCCUCACGACAUCGCCCUCGAUAUCCGCAACCGAAGACUUAUUGAGGCAAUCAACCGACUUGAACUCGAAGGCCAGGACCUCGAACGGUCCACCGAAUCCCUUGAAGUCGAAAGCGAUCGUAUGGAAGGUGACUACCGCCGUCUCAGAAACCAACUGGCUCGUUAG